GGCACGUCUAAUAGCGCCCUGACGUUCAUACAGGGUAAAGGUGAAAUCAGUCAUGAAGAUUCCGUCACCGUAGCAGCCUCAGUCACUGUCGCACUUAUUUGUUUUUGUAUGUAACUUUCGAGACGCGGGUGCUACACAGAAGCCGAAAACGGAAGAAGUCAUGGCACGUCUGGUAGCAGUUUGCAGGGAAGGAGAGGAAGACUACCAGUUUUUGGCCAGACAGAUCCCCCUGUAUAUUGAUGACACUCUCACGAUGGUGAUGGAGUUUCCUGACAGUGUGAUGGAUGUCGACAGCCAUGAAAUCAACACUUCUCACUGGAAACAGUUUACCGAGGAUUACUCCAAGCUGAGGCAGCAGGACUUGAAUAUUGCCUUGGUGGUGGCAUCCAGAGAGGUAUAUGGUGCUUUAUCUCAGCUGGUGCCUUGUGUGGGCUGCAGACGAAGCGUUGAGCGCCUCUUCUCGCAUUCGGUGGAAUCAGGGAACCCAGCUCUGGAGCCCCUCACAGUGAAACCAAAAGGCAUGCUCACCGUCACCAAGGCCUGUUUAGCUGACAGGAAGAAGCUUUAUACCCUCUUCUACAUUCAUGGAUCAAAGUUAAAUGACUUGAUUGAUGCAAUUCCAAAAAGUAAAAAGAACAAACGCUGCCAGUUGCACUCCUUAGACACACACAAACCUAAACCUUUGGGGGGGAGCUGGAUGGAUGUGUGGGAGCUGAUGUCUCAAGAGUGCAGGGAUGAGGUUGUCCUCGUUGACAGCGCUGGUCUUCUUGAGACACUGGAGGGAUACUUGCAUAAACACCGGUUUUGCACCGACUGUAAGAAUAAAGUCCUAAGAGCGUACAACAUCUUGGUAGGAGAGGUGGAUUCCAGUGAGGAGAAGGGCUACUGUGCUGCUUUGUAUGAGGGACUGUGUUGCUGCCCUCACGAACGACACAUUCACGUGUGCUGUGAAACAGACUUCAUCGCUCAUUUGCUUGGAAGAGCUGAGCCGGAAUUCUCAGGAGGCUAUGAACGCAGAGAGAGACACGCAAAGACAAUUGACAUUGCACAAGAGGAAGUCCUGACCUGUCUGGGCAUUCACCUCUACGAGCGGCUGCACAGAAUCUGGCAGAAACUCCACGUAGAGCAGCAGACCUGGCAGAUUUUGUUCCAUUUGGGAAUUGAUGCACUACGGAAAAGUUUCGAGAUGGCAGUGGAGAAGAUGCAGGGGAUCAGCCGGCUGGAGCAGUUUGUCGAGGAGCUUUCCGAGGAGGAGCGAGCCAAAGAGCUGAAGCUGGAGAGAAAGAGGCAAAAGCGGAAAAAUCGACGCAAAAACAAGUGUGGCUUUGACAUGUCUGAACAGGAGGUAGAAGACAAGGAGAAAGUUCUGGAUGAGGAUCCUUUUGAGGGCAGCUGUAAGGCCUGUGGUAGCCAUGGUGAUGAGGAGGAAGAGACUGGCUGUCAGGGGACAGAUGCCACCAGUAGAAGCACCACCUGUAGUUGCUCAGAAAACACAAAGCAAUAUUUAUCCCACAAUGGAAGUGACUGUGGCUACUCCUCCAGUAUGGAAGGCAGUGAGAUGGGAUCGCGGGAAGGCUCUGAUGUUGCCUGCUCUGAGGGAAUCUGCAACCACGACGAAGCAGGUGACGACCCGAGUGUCCACCCCUGUGCUGAAGUCAAGGAGGAGGAUGGAACAGACAGCUGUGUGGACUGCUGGUCACACGCUGAUGAAAACCAUCAAUGCAAGAGCAAGAAGAAGAAGAAAAAGGGAAAGGUCUUCUGCAACAAUCAGGGGAAAAAGGCUGUCGGGUGUAUGUCCAAGGGGAACGCAGCAGGCCACAAUAUGAUUUCAGUGCAUGCUUGUCAAACCAAAGAAUUAUUUUCCUCCCUAUGUGGUGAUACAUUUACCAGCAUUGCACUACGGUUACCGUGGACCGUACAUCAGAAGAACCUCAGCCUUCACGUUAGGCCUCCAAGUGAAAAAAGGAGUCUGGUGGAGCUUCUGGAUGAUUCAGAAGUGACCUCUGAUGACGAGAGCUGUCUGACUCAGGACGAAAUCAAGGCAUUCUUAGAUCAAAACCAGUCCUUCUACAAUAACCGCCACCGUUACAGACAACUCCUCAAAGAGAAAUUCACCAACUACUGUCGUGCCACUGAGCAAAGGAAGCAGGUUUGUGGAACGUGGUUUGCUACAACCAGUGUCAAGUAAUUGCACUAAUGACAUCUUCCUCCCCUGGAGAAGAGAAACACUCAUGACCACUGCUGUAACAUUUUUAUAAGACACACUUCAGCAGUACCUUUGGUGUCUUGUUGGGUCCUUCCGUCUUUAAAGAAAGGUUCUUGCGUUCUUUUUGUGCUUUUUCUUUUGCACUUGUGCACAAACAGUUGUUCAUCUCCCGUUUUCACAUUCAAAGCUGUAAUUUUCUUCGACCAAGCCUAUAGAUGUUUGUUUCCAGUCUUCUGUGGGGUCUUUUGGGUAAAAGCACAGCGGGUAAAGAAGUUUAGCAUCACAAGAUGUACUUUUAUGGGUUAAUUUUAGGAGUCUUACUGUAUUUUUUUUUUGCUAUGAUUUGAUUUCUAUUAUUUCUCUUUGGUGACUCUUAAGUGUAGUGCUAAAGGUUGUACUAUUAUGUGUACAGAAAUCUAAAGAUUUUACAGAGAAUAAACAUCCAUUUGCAAUGAAUUGUGGGUGUGAAAAGAGCGCAAUGUGGAAAAAAUGACUACGGUAAAUAAAGAAUAUUUAUUAAUAAGCACAAUAAA